CACUUUGACAUCAGAGGUGUCAUGUCUGCUGUCACACUUCACUUCCUCUGCUCCGUCCUCUUAGUGUCAAACCGUUUCACACUGAGCCACUAACGAGCGACCUCCUCAUCUGGUCUCAUCGCUCUCAGGCUUCUCUCCUCCUCUGCAGCCACGAUGCUGAGGGGUCUCUCAGCCCGAUGGGGUCUUUUCCUCCUGGCUGCUCUGAUUCCUGGCGUCCAGCUCCAGAGCAGCGACAGCUCUGUCUCGCCGGCCCCCGGCUCUGAGGGAAAUAACUUCCAUCCGGUCCUGCAGCCCACUGAGGCCACUCCUCCAUUAGGGAAAUACAUGCUGAAAGGUCUGGAUGGGAAAACAUGUAUCAGAGCCACAAUGGGAGUCGAGUUCAUCGUCAUCGAGAAGAAGACCUGGUACUUCAGCCUGGACCCGACCAGGGUCCGGACGACCGGCUACUGUGAUAAAGAAGCUGCUGUUCUCUCUCUCACGCUGCCAGGAAACGCUGCCAGUCUGCAGCUCACCUUCAAAAAGGAAAAUAAAGUUUUCUACAUCACCAAGCUGACGUCUCACCUGUCUCCUCUGCCUGUUUGCCCAAAAUGUGCAAAUAAGACGUUCUCUGGCAUUAUGGACCACGACAAGUUGUUCAAAUCCGAGAACGGUCGCAGCUUCAACUGCGAAUCUGAGAGUUUGCUGCUGAUGUCGUCCGAGCUGAGGAUCAAACUGGUCCCGCUGCAGUUUCAGGCCUUCACUCUGCUCAACGGACGCUAUGGAAAAGAGGUGGAGUGCUGGGCUGACUUCAACAAGCGAGUGAUUCCCAUCAUCAUCGGGGCCACAGUGGUGGGCCUCCUCCUCAUCGCUGCGCUGACCUUCCUCUUCAUCAAAUAACUCUGAGAGACUCACCCCGUCUCAAAGAAUGUUUAACACACAGUUUUUGUCACAAAAGGUUUUCAAAGUCGUCUCCUGAACCUGCGCCUGAAUUUGUUAAAUGUAUUUAUUUGACUACUAAUUUUAAGCUUGGAAAAUAAAUACAUUUCAUUUUCUCUUUGUAACUGGUGUGAACCUGAAUUUCAGUUUGUUUUAAAUUUCUCUUUAACUUCUGUGAUGACUUUAGUUCACUGCUGUUUGUUUACAUUUUCUGAUUUGCUGUAUUUUGAAAAGUUAUUUCAAUAAAAACAGAGACUGAAAAGUAGUUAUCCCCUCAGAUGAAUGCAUACCAGGUGCCUGCUGGUCCUGGAUCUGUUUACCUACUGCACAAAACUGUGAAAUUAAUAGUGUCCGUUUUACAUUUGCUCUGGUUUGCCAAGUCUCUCUUCUUGUCAAUAAAAUACAAUAAAUGGUUAA